AUGCAGGAAACAGUAACGCCGUCACGUCAAGAGAAGAAGCAUAUAUUCUUUGCCUAUGCAGAAAAAGAUGAGUCCGAUGUAAGAGUGGCUGAAAAACUGAAGAAUCAUUUCAUCCAGAGACGAUUGAGAGCUUAUCAUCCUAGAGAAAAUGAAGACAUUAAUACUAAAAUUGCAAAUGGUAUUGAAAAUGCUGCUGUGGUUCUAGCUUUUCCAUCCCUCUCAUUACAAAUGUCAAAAAGUGGAUCAAAACUAUUGAAUUACGCUGAUCAAACAAAAACACCGAUUCUAAAUAUUAAGAUUUGUGAAGAUUUUCAACCUACAGACUGGUUAGGUGCUAUUUUAGCUCCCACACGUAGUUGCUCGACUGAUUUUAAUGAAGUUAUGAAAUCCUUGAUUUCUAUGGGGAUUAAAACUAAUAAUCUUGUUCUUGAAAGAGAUGCAAAGAAUGAACCACAACCAAUAGAAAAGCAUCUAUUUUAUGGUGGAACUCGAUCGGGAGAUGUGACCGCUACUUAUCAUCAGUUUGGUCAAAAGUUUCCCAUGGAAUUUGAGUUUUUGGGUUUGCAACAAGGCAAAGUGUUUGGUCAAGGAGAUGAUGAAGUCGGAGCUUUUACUCUUGCUGGUCAAUACACACUUAAAAAUGGCUAUGGUGAUAUCAAUAUGCAUAAGCAAUAUAUCGGAAAACAUUCCGUUAUAUAUCGAGGAGAGAUUUAUUUACAGGGAAUAAAAUGUUUGAUAGAAGGACACUGGGAAAUAAACAAUAUGUAUAAUAGAUUUAUCAUCCAUCUGACUCUUCCAGAGGUAUAUGCAACAGAAAUGGAAAAGAUACCAUUACCAAAAGCUUCACAAAGACAAGGAAGUAAAGUUAUGAUUUCCUAUUGUUCAUGUCAAUAUGAUUUAGCUCAAAAGAUAGCUGAAGGAUUGGUUGCUAAAGGUAUUCCAGCUGUUUGCCCACCAUUACGAAUUCAUGAAAUGAUAAAAAUAGCAACUGAAGAAGCAAGAGUUGUUAUACCAUUAAUGAGUGAAGCAUAUGAAGCAUCGAAUACUUCGAAGUAUGUUCUUUCUUAUGUGGAUGAAGCUGGUAUUCCUAUAGUUCCCAUAAAAGCACAAGAUCCUUAUUCUCAAAGUGGUUGGCUUGGCGUUAUUUGUGCUGGUGCAUUAUGGACGAGGAUAACGAAUGCAAAUGAUAUUGAGAAAAACCUGGAUAAUCUUAUAGGACAAUUGCAUCCAUAUAUCAGCGAUUCUUUAGAUGAAGAGCAACAUCUUGAUGCUCUCGUUGAUGGAACUAUUGCUCAAGGUUAUUAUAUUCAGUGGGGAAAGAAGUUUGAUAUGAAGUUUGAUAUGUUUGCUAUGAUAAAUGGUUAUAUUGCUGGUCAAGGAGAUGAUGAAGUCGGUGGCUUUGUAAUCAAUGGGAAAUAUACUUGUUUAUCAGAUAAAGAAGACUUUGAAUUCCAGUUUAAAAAGCAUUAUAUCGGUCAACAUAAUGUUCAAUACUCUGGAAGUAUAACUCAUCAUGGAUCUCAAUUCUUCUUUGAUGGAAAAUGGUUUCUAGAUGAAUUAUCUGAUAGCUUCCAUCUAGAAGUUUCUCGUAAUCAAUCAUCAGGACCUAAAGGUUUACAUAUCAUGUUAAGUUAUCAAUGGAAUAGUCAAGAGCUUGUUAAACGAGUAGCAGAUAUACUCAAACAAAGAAAUAUUCCUAUUUGGUUUGAUAUUGCUGGAGAUAUGAAAGGAAAUAUCAAUGCUGCUAUGGCUUGUGGUGUUGAAGGUGCUGCGACGGUUGUUAGUUUUAAUACUGUUGCUUAUAGCAAAAGCAUUAAUUGUCAAAAAGAACUUACAUAUGCUUCUCAAUUAAAGAAGAAUAUUGUUCCUGUUCUUCUUGAGAAUGAUAAGGAAUUCCAAAACACAUGGUUAGACAUGAUAAUAGCUUCCUUAAACGCAAUUAAUAUGCAAGAUGAUAAUCAAUUCAACUCCAGUAUCGAUACUCUUAUGCAACGAAUUAAUAGAGCUCUUGAAGAGAAAAAAGAUGAAGAAUCUCAUCGAUCUCAAGCCAUUACAAGGUUUGAAGGUGGUGCUGUAGGAGGAAAAUAUUAUCAAUAUCAUCAAGCUUUUGAUAUGUUCUUUGAUUUCUUUAGCUUAAGCGAAGGAAGAGUUUUAGGUCAAGGAAAUGAUGAAAUUGGACCUUUCACAAUGGCUGGGAAUUAUGAUAAUGAAGGAAAGGUUUCCUUCACAAAGCAAUACGUUGGGCAACAUUCUGUUGAAUACAAUGGAAAUAUCUAUUGUGAUAACUUUGGAGGAUUUAAGAUUCAAGGACACUGGAGUAUUGAGGACGAAACAGAUGAAUUCUAUCUGGAAAGUAUCAAUGCUAUCAAGUAUGAUACACUGACUGAAAACAUAUAA